AUGCGUGCGUUUACUUUCCAACACGACCUCGCGCGCCGUGACACCAGGGUGGAGUCUCCACCGAGCCUCCUCCCCACGCAAGACCCGAGAGCUCAGGGGACCCUAGACGAGCGCCGGGUGUUCGGUCCUCCGAGGGGUGCCCGCCCCGCGGGCGAGCGGCGGGGAGGCGAGGAGGGGUGGCGGGAGCGCAGGGCGCCCGCACCGGCCGGAACCGGCCCGGCGGCGCGGCGGGGACGCAGGGCCGGUGCCCACCCGCCCGGCCCUACCUUGUCCGGGGGCAGCUCCAGCUCGGCGGGGCGGGGCGGGGUUCCGCGGGCGCAUCCACGUCCCGGCCGCGCGUGCGGCUCAGCCCCGCGACCGCCGCCGCUCUGGCGCCAUGCGCGGACGCGCGGCCCGGCGGGGUCUGGGCGGCUUCCCGGCUCGCCUGGGCUCCAGCACUUGUUGCCGCGGCGGCCGCUGCGCCUCUCUCCCGGGCUGCGGCUCCCCGCACCGCCGCCGCCCGCCGCGUCCCCUCGGCCCCGCCCUCGCCCGACGGGCCAAUCAGACGCCGCGCCACGCCGCGCGUCACCGCCCGCACGGCCGCGCUCCGGCCCGGUAGCCCAAGUUUGGGAAGCGGCUGAACUUGCGUCCUCCCGCCAGUCGGCGCCCGGGACCCGCUGGGAUCGCUCUCCGGAGCCCUCCCGGGCUCUCCGCCCGGCGCCGCACCCAGCAGACCCGGGGCUGCGGCCAGGAGAGCCACCUCCAGAGACGCACAUCCCCCAGGAAGUAGCCUCCCCCCGAAAAACAGCAGCCACAGAGUCCAAACUCCUCCGCUCCCGGGGCCCCUCGGUGCCGUCUGCGCGGCGCUUGAUGAGAAUUUUGAUUUUGAUGGUCCUGUGCUAGGCCCAGACGGCUCCGCGUGGUUGGGGAGAGGGAAACCCGGACCUAGGUGGACCCGACCUUUCCUCCCCGCGCUCCCAGUACCCUCAGCCACCUAGAAGCUCAAGGCCUGAGGGUGGUGCCUGUUUGGCCCCUUCGCAUCUUGGGGCGUGAAGCCACCAAAGACAUGGGUUUCCCACGUGGUUCCACUCGCGUCCCGGGAGCCAGGGAUGCACGGUGAGGGGGCCCUGGGUGCGGAGUCCGGAUGCAGCUAGCCGUAAGGACGCUGACCUUCCCCCACCGUCACGCCGCUGGGCUGGGCACCAGCCACACCCACGCGCAGGGCGCGCGGGACCCGCGAUGCUCACCCUAACCCCGCGCCUCCGCUGGCUCCCUGGAGCCCUGCGCGCUCAGAAGGCUGUCAGAUGGAGUCAGCCAAGAGCGCUCACUCUCAGCAGUUGAAACAGUUAAGUGCGAGGGGAAGAAAUUCUGAGUCUGUGCCUCUGGAAAGGUGAAGAUUUUCAGUCUCCAGACCGGUCUGUGUUUAUGUUUGUCACAUGCUCCUCCUAAGAAUGCAUCGUGAAGUCUGGAAAACAAGUUGGAUUUUUAUCUCUUCACACAAACUGUUAACCACUGGGAAAGAAAGGAAGGGAAAUUGCAUGCUUUUCUUGACUCGGAGGGGUUUUUCACACGAUUACAUUUAUAAUUUGGAAAGCUAAUAAAACAUUUUAAAAGAAGCAAA